AUGGAGUGUACUAAAGAUCACCCAGUGACAGGGGAGGAAAUAAAUAUGCUCAACAAACAUGAAAUACCUGACAAAAAGAACGUUAAAUGCCUUCUGGCGUGCGUUUACAGAAAAACGACUUGGAUGGACGAAAAAGGAAUGUUCGUGGUGGAAAACGCGUACAAAAUGUCAAAAGAAAAAUACCCUGACGAUGCAGCUAAGUUAGAAAACUCCAAGAAACUGUACGACAUAUGCAAAAAAGUAAACGAGGAGACUUUUAGCGACGGUGAAGAAGGUUGCGAGAGAGCUGCAAAGCUUACUAAAUGCCUAACCGAGAACGCGCCCAAGCUCGGGUUUGUCUUGGAA